AUGCAAGCAAAUAAUGAAAUCACGUCCAAGGAAAAGAGUGCUGUCUGCGUCUUCGAGAGUUUACUACUUGAGAUUAUAUUCCAUCUUAGCCCUUUGUCUGUGUUGUUUCCCCCCCUGAAGCUUCCAUUUUCGCGGAAUAUACCUUUGGGCAAGGAUCUGCUAUAAAUCUUACAUUUAGAUUUUGUUGGUCCCUAAAACACCUACCAGCCAGAAUAAUUAACGAUUUCUAUCCCAACCGUCAGAAGUCAAAACCAGGCCACUCCCUUGGGUUCAUUGCCGUCAGCAGACCAGGUCGGAACCAUGAACCAAGGGGGCGUAGUCGUCGCAAACGGUGGCUCGGGAAGCGGCUCAGUCGGCGUUCAGUUCCAUCAAUCCCGAAGGCUCCCGGAUUUCCUGCAAAGCGUUAACCUCAAGUACGUAAAGCUAGGCUACCACUAUUUGAUUUCCAAUCUUUUGACCCUCUGUUUUAUCCCUCUAAUCGCGGUGAUUUCAAUCGAAGUUUCUCAAAUGAAUCUCGAUGAUUUGCGCCAACUGUGGCUUCACCUUCAAUACAACCUAGUCAGUAUAAUCACGUGCUCUGCUAUUUUAGUCUUCGGGUUAACAGUCUACAUCAUGACCCGACCCAGACCCGUUUACCUCGUCGACUAUUCUUCUUACCGUGCUCCUGACCAUCUUAAAGCUCCAUUUGGUCGUUUCAUGGAGCACUCUAAGUUGACAGGUGAUUUUGAUGAAUCGUCUCUGGAGUUCCAGCGCAAGAUUUUGGAGCGCUCCGGGCUGGGAGAAGAGACUUAUGUGCCUAAAGCAAUGCAUAAUAUUCCUCCGACGCCGUCAAUGGCGGCGGCGAGGGAAGAAGCCGAGGAGGUUAUGUUUGGGGCACUAGAUAUUCUUUUCCGUAACGCAAAUGUCAAGUCCAAAGAUAUUGGUAUUCUUGUUGUGAAUUGUAGUUUGUUUAAUCCAACGCCUUCAUUGUCUUCCAUGAUUAUGAACAAGUAUAAGCUAAGGGGGAAUAUUAGGAGUUUUAAUUUAGGUGGGAUGGGUUGUAGUGCUGGGGUGAUCGCCAUAGAUCUUGCUAAGGAUUUGUUGCAGAUGCAUAGGAAUACGUAUGCUGUUGUUGUGAGCACUGAGAAUAUUACUCAGAAUUGGUAUUUUGGGAAUAAGAAGACCAUGUUGAUACCCAAUUGUCUGUUUCGCGUAGGGGGUUCUGCUGUUUUGCUUUCGAAUAAGCCUAAGGAUAGGGAACGGGCCAAGUAUAAGCUUAUUCAUGUGGUUCGGACUCAUUGUGGAGCUGAUGAUAAGGCAUUUAGGUGUGUUUAUCAGGAGCAGGACGAUGCGGGGAAGACUGGUGUUUCUUUGUCUAAAGAUUUGAUGGCCAUUGCUGGAGGUGCACUAAAGACCAACAUUACUACUUUGGGUCCUCUCGUGCUACCAAUCAGUGAGCAGCUUUUGUUUUUCACAACCUUGUUGGUGAAGAAACUGCUCAAUGCCAGUGUUAAACCUUAUAUUCCAGAUUUCAAGUUGGCAUUUGAUCAUUUCUGUAUACAUGCUGGGGGGAGGGCUGUGAUUGAUGAGCUGGAAAAGAAUUUGCAGCUGCUACCAAUACAUGUGGAGGCUUCUAGAAUGACGCUUCAUCGUUUUGGAAAUACUUCUUCAAGCUCGAUCUGGUAUGAAUUGGCCUACAUUGAGGCAAAGGGGCAGAUGUUGAAGCGCAACCGUGUUUGGCAUAUUGCAUUUGGAAGUGGCUUCAAAUGCAAUAGUGCAGUUUGGGAAGCACUUCGGAAUGUUAAGCCAUCUAGUAAUGGUCCUUGGGAAGAUUGCAUUGAUAGUUACCCUGUGAAAAUAACCAGCUAGCCGAGCAACAGUUUGUGUUAGAUUCUACAUUCAAAUAGAGGAUUUGUUUGGUAGGCAUCACCGUUAUGUCAGUGUCUACCUAGUUCUCAAUAUGUACUGUAGUCUGUCAUUCUUCUUUGCAGCAUGUUGUCAAAUGCGUUUUACCUUUUCGUCUCAUUUUCUUGCGCUGACAUGCAUAUCUGGAGUACUCUCAUGUUAGACUUGGUCAUCUUGUACUAUAAUUCUACAUGUAUGUACUGGUAAUUGAUCUGCUUGAGACAUUAUUUUUUUUCCUGAAAGUUUUCGUCAUUGUGGCGUCAUUGCUUUC